CUUCCUUAAUAUAUUUUUGGCACUUAUUCAGAGCUUACGAAGUGGUGUUCGUCAUCUCGCACAGACCAUUUUUCAUGACAUUUUUUUCUUCUUUGUCCUUUUCUUCUCUUCCUUUGCCCAUUUCCGUCACUUCACACAUCCAACUUUGCCUCUUAUCUUAUUCAGUUCUUACUUUUUUUGACAUUCUCCGGUUCUUUCGUCCAUUCAUCUCUUUCUUGUUUAUCCAAUUUCCCUUCAUCUUUUUCCGUCGGUUUUCUAGUGCUGCGGCUCUUUCGAUUGCUGGCCCCAUGACCUUUUUGCUGAUAAUGUCAACUUUCUUAUUAGAUAAGCAAGAGUACAUGGAUACCGAAGAUAAGAAGUGAAUGCCUUGGAAAUGACCAGGAGUGCAGAAUGAAGGACCUAGAAAUGAAGAAUGAAGGACCUAGAAAGGAACAUGAGGUCAGAAUGAAGGACCUAAAAAUGAACAUGAGUGAAGAAUGAGAAG